AGAAGGUAACGGCGACGGCUAAUCAUCAAAAAUCAUCAAAAUCAGUGCCUCAUGCAUGCAUACUCAAUAGUUGACAUUACCUACAAAGAGAUCUAAUCAUUCACACAAACUCUCACCGUACAAGAUGAAGCACAUCAACGACGCAAAGACGGCAUUGCUCGUCAUCGACGUCCAAAAUGGCUUCCUAGACCGGGUAUCUCCGGAAAUUCGCAGCACACCAGAAUGCGAGGACAAUAUCGCCCUCCUCCUACAAAAGGCACGAGAACAUAAUCAGAAUGAAACAUCGAAUACUGUGGUCAUCUGCCACAUUCACCACCACAGCAUCUAUCCAGACUCACCCUUUUACCCAGGGUACCGGUUGGAGGUAAAUGGUCAGACCCUACUUGGACUACAGCCGCAGGCGUUUGCAGAGCCGAAAUCUGGCGAAAAGGUCUUUACCAAGGAUGUCAAUUCUUCCUUCAUAGGCACCGGCCUAGAAGCCUAUCUUAGAGGCCAAGGUGUUAGGCAGCUCCUCAUCGUCGGCUUAUCUACGGACCACUGUGUUAGCACGACUACACGAAUGGCGAACAACCUCCGGGUUGUAUCCGUGACGGGCCCAUCGGGUGAGCUCGACGAAGGUGACAUCAUCUUAGUUGGUGAUGCGUGCGCUACCUUUGCCAAAGGAGGGUUUGACGCCGAGACGGUGCACAAGGUGAAUCUUGCCAGCCUUCAUGAGGAGUUUGCCCAGGUCAGAACCACACAAGACGUUCUAGACAAAGUUUUUGGGCGUGAUUAAUUAUCUAUAUUUUUAUUUAUUCAUAUAUAUUCUACCUAAGUGCCUAUUUGGACGCCAUCUGGCAGAACUAUGCUAAACAGAUGAGUAACCAACCAUUACAUUUGCCAUCAUAUCCUAUCAUGUUUUCGUAUAUUGCAUGAUAUCAGCGCAGAAUACAAGCCCACUUUUAUACCCACGCUAUGCAAUCCAAUU